CUCUCUCGUCUUUAUCCCUCUCUCUCUCUCUCUCUCUCUCUCUCUCUCUCUUUCUCUCUCUCUCUCUCUCUCUCUCACCAACUAAAAGUUAUCUGUGAAGGAAAAGAGAAGACGUCUGGAUGAUUUUUACUCCAUCAGCAUCCUCUGGGCAAGACUUCAGUUGGGCCGUAUAGCAUCUUUCCUCCCUAAAUCCAAUGGAUACAUUUUUCGGUCUGCGUUUCCGGCGGAAAGCCCGUGAUCCGAGCAGACGCAGGCGUUCCAGCGUGUCAAUUCCUGCGAGUAAGGCACGCCGUUGCUCCAGUGUGGGCCUCCCCUCAGCUGGCCUAGCUCAGAGGCGCAGGUCCAGCGCUCAGCUCCAGAUCAGCGACGUGCAGGCAGAGGCCUUGCAGCACAGAAGAGGGCAUUAUGCCAGGAGAAGAUCCAGUGGUGCGACAGCUUGUCUGACCCCUCGGUUUUCUAUCCGACGAAGACAGGCUGCCAAACACCGCAGUAUUCAUGCCCAGCUUCUGGGGCCGUCUCUGCUCCUUGCCAGUGUGGUGCAGAUGAGCGAUAAAAGUCAAGAUCAUGAAACGGACGAUAAGAGCGUAGAAGAAUAUUUCUCUGAUAGCGACUGCAGUCAGGAGGAACAAGAGCAGGAGGGGGUGGACUUAGAGGCAGAGUCUGAAAAGUGUCGGACGUGGUUGGCUCAGGGUUUGGUGACAGGGGAAAGCAUUCAGCCCCGGCCUCUUAUCCGUGCACCACGUUGCCUGCGGCGAAACUCCUCUCACCUGUUGCCGGCUGAGGCAGUUUAUCGAAGCCCGGCUUUUUAUGGGGUGUACGGGCGUUACCGUAGGACCAGCCAGGCAGGCGGAUUGUGGACAGGCAGGCGAAAUUCUGCUACAGCUCGAGGAUCAGUUGCACUGUACAGGAAGACGUCCACUUUCUGGCCAGAUUUCACGCUUUCACAUACACUGCAGGGAACUUACUACAACCCUCAGACUGACACAUGGAGUGGGUUCCUCUCGAAAGCCAUCGCCAAGUCAGGCCUACAGCACCUCUCAUCCCAGCCCAGUGCUUCAGUCCUACCCAAAGGGGAUACAGAGAGAGAAAUACGCAGUACAGUGGACUGGAGUGAAUCGUCUCUGUACGGAGAGCACAUCUGGUUCGAGACUAACGUCUCUGGAGACUUCUGUUACGUCGGAGAACAGCACUGUUACGCCAAAUCACUGCAAAAGUCUGUUGCUCGGAAAAAAUGUGCUGCUUGCAAGAUUGUCGUUCACUCCAUCUGCAUUGAACAGCUGGAGAAGUUAUUGGACUGGAAUGCUCCGCCUCAAGGGGAGGGGCUUGAUGAGGUGCCCCUCAAAGACCCAUCAUUCAGAAUAAACUUCAGAUGUAAACCAUCUUUCAGGGAGUCAGGAUCACGAAACAUUCGAGAAUUCACCUGGCGCCGUAGAGCUUUCAAAGGUCACCGUGCUCUGGAGCGAAUGAGAGGUGCUGCAGCUAAAUACAGUGCAUGCACCUCUCUUACACAGCCUGCAGUAGUGCGACACCAUUGGGUCCAUCGGAGAAGACAGGAGGGCAAAUGCAAACAGUGUGGAAAGGGGUUUCAGCAGAAGUUUGCCUUUCACAGUAAAGAGAUUGUAGCCAUUAGCUGCUCCUGGUGCAAACAAGCAUAUCAUAAUAAGGUGACAUGCUUCAUGCUGCAGCAGAUAGAAGAGCCGUGUUCAUUAGGAGCACAUGCCGCCGCUAUAGUACCUCCUACCUGGAUCAUACGGGUUCGCAGACCUCAGUCAUCACUAAAAUCAAGCAAAAAGAAGAAACGGACAUCUUUCAAGCGCAAAUCAAGCAAGAAGGGAGUGGAGCAGGAGGCUCGAUGGAAGCCCUUCAUAGUGAGACCUAUUCCCUCUCAACUCAUGAAGCCACUGCUGGUGUUUGUAAACCCAAAGAGUGGAGGAAACCAGGGAGCUAAAAUCAUUCAGUCCUUUAUGUGGUAUCUGAAUCCUCGGCAGGUCUUUGAUCUCAGUCAGGGGGGUCCUCAGGAGGGGUUGGAGAUGUAUCGCAAAGUUCACAACUUGCGAAUCCUGGCCUGUGGUGGAGAUGGCACAGUGGGCUGGAUCUUGUCCACUCUUGAUCAGCUCCAGCUUAACCCUUCGCCUGCAGUUGCAGUGCUCCCUCUGGGCACAGGAAAUGACCUCGCUAGAACGCUAAACUGGGGUGGGGGUUACACAGAUGAACCUUUAAGUAAAAUUCUGUCUCACGUUGAGGAUGGGAACAUUGUCCAGCUAGAUCGAUGGAAUCUGGUUGUGAAGCCCAACCCGGACGCAGGACCAGAAGAAAGAGAUGAGCAGGUGACGGACAAGCUCCCCCUAGACGUCUUCAAUAAUUAUUUCAGCCUUGGUUUUGAUGCUCAUGUGACCUUAGAGUUCCACGAGUCUCGAGAGGCCAACCCUGAGAAAUUUAACAGUCGAUUCAGAAACAAAAUGUUCUAUGCAGGAACAGCGUUUUCUGAUUUCUUGAUGGGCAGUUCAAAAGACCUGGCUAAACACAUAAAAGUGGUGUGUGACGGGACAGAUUUGACCUCUAAAGUCCAGGAUUUGAAGCUGCAGUGCCUGGUCUUCCUUAAUAUCCCCAGGUAUUGUGCGGGCACUAUGCCGUGGGGAAAUCCGAGCGAGCAUCAUGAUUUUGAGCCUCAGCGCCACGACGAUGGCUGCAUUGAGGUCAUUGGAUUCACGAUGACAUCACUGGCCACUCUGCAGGUCGGAGGUCACGGUGAGAGGUUAAAUCAGUGUCGUGAGGUCACUCUCACCACCUUCAAGUCGAUCCCCAUGCAGGUGGACGGCGAGCCUUGUAAGCUAGCACCGUCUGUAAUUCACAUCUCCCUUCGAAACCAGGCCAACAUGGUGCAGAAAACCAAAAGACGCACAUCUAUACCACUGCUCAAUGAUCAGCAGCCAUUUCCAGAAAGGUUACGGAUCAGAGUGAGUCGCAUCAGCAUGCAUGAUUACGAAGCUUUGCAUUAUGACAAAGAGAAACUCAAAGAAGCUUCAAUCCCACUUGGUCUCAUCGUUGUCCCAGGAGACAGUGAUCUGGAAACCUGCCGCGCUCACAUCGAGAGACUACAGGAGGACUUUGUGUCGUGCCACCCGUCUCUGCAGCGACUGGUGCUCCAGGAAGGUGACGGGACCAAAUCAAAGGCUUUGUCAUCUCAGAGGCUGUCACCCAAAUGGUGCUUUCUCGAUUCUACAACAGCAGAUAGAUUCUACAGGAUCGAUCGAGCUCAAGAGCAUCUUAACUACGUAACGGAGAUUUCUCAGGAUGAGUUAUUCGUUUUGGACCCGGAGCUUGUCGUCACAGAGACGGUCAGCACGUCACCAGGCAUGCCAGACCUGGUGGACUCUGAAGAAAUGCCAUCCGGUCCACACAAAUUCGCCUUUCCGUCAUCGUCCUCUUCUCCACCAAACUCACCUGGACCAAGGGUUGCAGAGCUCCAGAGGAAGCGUGUUUCUAGUGACAGCUCUGUGGCAGAAGCGCUUGCACACAGUGACUCACUCACAUCAGCCAAACCGGCUCUCAGCAGGGCGCUGGGUGUUCAUCGCUCAAAUACAACAGCAGCAGAUUUCAAACCGUCCGGCAGGUUUGAGAAGAGCGCCCUGAGCAAUACGAACUCUGUAUCUACAGACAGUCUAAUCGAAUGUGUGAGGAAGAAAGAACAUCAGAAGUUGAAGGAGCUGCAUAAGAAGGGGGCAGACCUGUGCGUGCAGGACCCUAUGGGGCGGACCCUACUGCACUAUGCUGUGGAAGUGGGCAGCAAAGAGAUUGUCAAAUACAUCAUUGAUAAUGCACCUGCGGAUAUCCUGGAUGUAACAGAAAGAGAAAACGGAGAGACGGUGUUGCACAAAGCGGCCUCGUUGUGUCAUAGGACAAUCUGUCAUUACCUAGUGGAGGCGGGGGCGUCUCUCAUGAAGACAGACUUACAGGGCGAUACUCCAAAGCAUCGCGCCGAGAAGGCGAAGGACGCAGAACUCGCCGCGUAUCUGGAGAACCGUCAGCACUACCAAAUGAUCCAGCGUGAGGACCAGGAGACUGCAGUUUGACCUUUAACCUCUCACCCCUCUCAGCUGGUUUCCUUUCCUUGUGCCAAAACAACAGUAACCAAAAAAUGUAUUACUACACCCUUAGCAGGUUCUCCAGACUGCAAAGAAGGGUGAUCCAUUCCUAGAGGGGGGAGAUGGACGUACAGCUGUCUCCGAAGAGGUCCCUAGCUUUUAUCAUCAUUCUCUGAAUGGCAUUCUGGACUUGUGUCUUUUAUUUCAUUGCACUGCCAAACCAUCUUAGUUUGUAUGUAUGUGACAGAAUGCAUUUCCUUCAGUGAAAAUGCACUCAUGAAGUUUAUUGCUUUUUAGUUUGACAUUGCUGAAUGUUAGAUGAAUAGGAAUCAAAUGUUGGGCUGAAGGAUGAGUGAUGGCCUGUGGGUUAAGCUGUUGCUUUGACCCAUGCUACAUGUUUAAUAUUGCUGUGCUCAUUCCGGGUAGUGGUCCAGCAGAUCACUGUAGAUCACCUGCUUGGUGUGUAACCUGAAACAUUUCAAUUCAGUGGCUAAUUUUCUAAUAAGAACGUGGCCGUUAAAUAAUAUGGUGUUGUUUAGAAUGUAACUCUAGAUUUUCCCUGCACUAAAAUGUUCAGGAUGGUUCAAGGAAAGAAAGAGUGGGGUCUGAGAAAUAUCAAAACUAUUUACAAUAGAUAAUUGUCAGGUGUGUUGUCGAAAGGAUUUUGCAUUUUCCUAGAUUUCUGUGCUGUUUCAAAUAAGAACAUCCGGUACUGUAAACGUAUGUGAGUAGCUUUCUGUUCAAGAGGCAUUUGCACUGUAGCUUUGAUUGCCUUCUUUACUCUUACUUUAGAUUUUGUAAUUGAUGUACUAAAGUAUAGCUUCUUUCCUACUAUAUUUUUAAGCAAAUCGAUGUUUAUAUGAUUUGUAGCUAUAACAGAUGUGCUGUCAUUGUAUUAUAAGAGUGUAAAUUAGAUUUUUGUUUAUUGGAGUUGAAAACCGAUUUCUGUCUCCUGUAUUUGAUUCAGCUUGUGUUUCUCAAGUCUUUGUGAUAAACACAAACACACUCCUUAAUUUUUAUUUGCUCAUGUCUUAAUGCAGAAGUAUUUAGAAACUAUUUAUUUUUCAAAAUAGUUAUCUAUUGAAAUAAUUUGGCCUUAAAAUAUGUGUUUAAUUAUUGAUAUGAUUUAAUUUAUAACAUAUUUCAAUUAUUUGCAUGACAGAAUGAAACUUGCUGCUUCAUUAUGGAUGUGACUCAUUGAUUUCAAAGUUCUUUACAAUAAAUGUCCUUAUUUGGACACAUUUAAUACAUUGUAUAAAGUUGAACGCAUUUGCUGAUGUCUUUACCGGUGUUCAUUGGCUGUAUACUUUCAGAAAUACAUUUUCAUAACUCUCAGUUUGUUAUAAUCAUUUUUGGCAGGACAAUUUAAGUGUUCAAACAUCCAUCCAUCUAUACAUCAAGCCAUCCAACCCCACCCUGACAGCUACAUGACAGGACCCCUGAUGAAUGACACCAUAAUGCCACGAAUGCUGAACUCCCACAACUCCUACAAUAAAAAUUACUUUAAUGAUUGAUAUUUGAAAUUCUGUAAGGUUUAUUUCAUUGUGUGUUUUUCCUUUAGAAAGGAUUUUUUUUAUCUACAGGUUUGUUUACCUGUUAAGGAUAUUUAAUGACUUUAUAAAGGCUGAUUGUGAUCUGUGUAGAGUUGCAUAAAUAACAGCUCUUCGAAGAUUGGUGUUUCUAAAUCAUGACUGUAGUUGAAGUGGUCUUCAAGCCAGAAGCACUUUCUACACCAGCAAGUCAACUUUAUUUCUGUACCCAGGACUUUAAUUUAGCUAUUUGAGAUUAACAGCCUCUCAGUUUUACACCGUGAUUGGAGGGAUUAAAAGACGAUUUUGUAAAUUUCUAGGCUUUCCAUUGCUACACAAUUAUCAUUAUCCUAAAACUAGAGUUUCUCAGAAUAAUAUACAGGACAGAUGCAGCUUAUAUUUGCAGAUGACAGAUGUGCCAAAUAUUUGAAUUCAUCUCCAAAAUGUUUACGGGAGCUUUUUUCCUGUUUUCUGUGAAAUGUUGUUUUCAGAGGCAUCUUAAAAAACUGAUGAAAUAAUAAAAUUGCUACAGCAUUAUUGCAUUUAAAUGGAUGGAUAUAAAGCUUCAAUGUCUGGUACAACUCCGAGGUAUUUCAAUUUUUAUGUAGUUGAAUCAUCCCUGGGAUGUAUUAUUUACAUUUUCUUUAGACUGUGUUUUGUUUAUAUGUUCAUUAAUCAAUUAAUAACUUAAGUGCUCAUUUUAAAUUGGUGUAUGCAUGACUAGUUGAGUUACAAAUCUGUUGUUGACUGACAUGGCAAUGUUUUACUGCAUGAAAUCACACAGUUCACAGCUAUCACCUUAUUCUUUAUGAGAGAACUGCUAUAGACUUGCAUUUAGCUUCAUUUUAAUACCAUUGUAGGGGAAAUGUGGUCCUUUUCUAGAAGCCUCUGCAUAAAUCUGCUGUUGCUGUGUUUUUGAGACUUAAUAAUACAGUAUUUUGUCCAGCUAGUCUGUGGCAAGUUUAGAGGAGGUUUAAGUGGUGCUGACUGAAUUAGGUUUCACUUGAAACCGCUCUACUGUUAUGUAUUUUUCUUUUAUCCAACCAACAGUUUAUGAUAAUGAUUCUGUACAGCGCUUUAUUAUUAAAAAAGUUAAAGAUACACAUGUAGAGUAAAUAGGGCUAGACUUUACCUUAUUUAAGGCAAGGGGUUUUAAAUGGUCAGCAAGCAAUAGUUUCACAAUUAUAACUGCAUUUUUCCAUAACCCCAUUUUCCUUCAUGUUGUGGAUUUAGUACACAAACAUAUUCCAUAAUCACUACUAUACAUGUCAACAUUUGUCCAUUUUGUGCUGCAAUAUUUAAGAGAUAACAUUUUCUAGUAGUAAUCUAAAUUUUUGAGAUCUCUAUACCUUUGAAGGGCAAUGCAAUGUAAUAUGUAUUUUGAAUAUAUGAAUGUGUGUGCUGCUGUGCAUUUUCUCAGUUAAUUAAACUCUUAAGCCUUUAGCUAUGAUUGAAAUGAAUAAAUGAAGGAUGGCGAGAAGUAACUGCCUCUUUCAUGGUCUUAUACAGGGAAAGGAAUUUGACAUUGACACUAAUUUGUGUAGAUGUUUUUGCUUUUGCAGACUAGAUUUUUUACUUUUUGAUAAGGAGAUAGCAGAAGGUUUUAGUGCAAUAAACAAAAAAUAUUUAUUUAAAAAACGUCAGUGAAUCUUGAUUUGUAACUGCAAAGCCCAUGAACAGAGAUGGGCAUACACGUCUGUUAUAAAUGUCUUUCUGUUAGAUUUAUGCACUUAUUCUGUCAUUGUCUGAUUACCAUAAUAAAGCAUAUUGAAUAUUU